CGGAGGAGCCUUCAGCUCGUCUACACCGACGUCAUACAGUCGCGCCCUGCGUCCUCCCACGCCUGAACGUCCGACGAGGUGCUUUCGUCAUACUUUCCCAUUCGCAGGAGGCGGCACUCGAGUAGCUUUCUGUCAGGGGAAAGUGGACGUAACAUAAUAAUCGAAUAACUUGCUGAAGUGAAUUUCGACAUAAAAUCAACCUAAACUAACAUGUUUGUGAUACACUUUCAGAUUUGUAUCUGAGAGUGAUAUUUACCGCUCAUGAUCAAAUCAAAAGGUUUUAAAUAAAUGAACUCCCUUGACAUUUAUCCAAGCAUGAAAAAUGAUCAAGGUAGGAUCAUAAAAUGAUUGACAGACAAAAUUAUUAUUAGCCGGAAACACACAUAACUUGGUUGGAUUUACUCAACCCCUUUGAAAAUGUGAAACUGGCGGAACGGUGAGAUAAUAAAGUGAAUGACAUCAAAGAAAGUGGAUAACGAAUCCGGAUAAAAUGAAAAAUAAUGACGGGAAGUGGCAAGACCCGAACGCUGCUCUCCAAAGUCAUGGAUAAAGGCUAAAUCCGAUCAUGGAGAAUUAAAGAACAAGGUCAACGCUGACCUUCAGGAAACAAAUUGGAAACGGCACCUUUCAAAAUGAGGGCGCGAUCGGCCUAUCUGAUGACCUCCUGGUGGGUCGUCGGCAUCUGGAUCGGUCUGACCCUCUUAACGGGUAUCGUCAGCGUCAUCUCAGUCACCCAGCCCACCUGGUACGUCAGGUACACGCUCGUGCACGCACAAGCUCUGCAGGAGGUCGCUUUCCAGGUGGUCGUUUCGUCCGUUGGUCCUCUCGGCUUCUGUCGUGUUGUGUCCGUCGAAAGACACCCGGUGAUCGACUACACCUCCGUCGUCGAGGAGAACGAACUGUCAACGCCGGAGGACAACCACCUCCCCACUCCCGCCAUCACCAUCCCACCAAUCGACGCGUCCUUCAAGUCCCCGGCUUCAACGGCCGCGACAGAAUCCUCCACAGGUGCUUCGCAGGUCACAAUUACCGCAGGGGCUGACGGAAAUUCUAAGAGUACGAAGCCAUCAGCAGCCCUCAAAGGAUUUACUACUGAGGGAGGAGGUGGCGACGAUGGGUCCUUCCUUGAAUGGCCACCAACAUCAUACACGAACUUCGGUUUCCAGCAUUUAAAAACGAGUCUUGAAGGUAUCUCCAGUCCAACAGCUUUUCCAGGUCUCGAUCUUCCAGAUUUUGCGGCAGAAGAAGAAAGAGAUGAAAGAUUAGAGAGCACCAGACCAGUAACAUCAACACCAAUGUCGCCCUUUGAAAUGUACACUGGCGCCUACGACGGCACCGUAACCAUUGAGAGUGACGGCGGCAUAAGGGAGGUCCUUUUCAAGGUGACAGAAGAGUAUGUAAAUGUUCUCAACAAAGAUCAAGAUGAAUCUCUCGUUAAGGGACCAGUGGCUGUUCAUGAAAACAGCAUGAAUUUCCCGCAGGAGGAAAAGGAAACACGAGACUCCGGCACUGACAAUUCUAUUACCACAGAGAGAUCUACUACCCCUGUUGAGCAGAACGCGAUCGACACAGGGGAUCAUCCUGUCCGAAAUGGCGGGAUAUACUUCAAGGAGAAUGGAACAGAGGUUGAAGAGUUUCUCCCUAACAAACAAGAGUAUGAUAACGAAGCCAGCUACAGAAGGAAGAAGAAGAAGAAGAAGAAAAGGCGGAACAAAAAGAAACAAAAGAAGAGAGCUCGGAAUCAGACGAGGAAAGAAUAUAAAAACCACCAGGAUGUGUCAUUAGAAAAGAAACAUGACAUCAUCGUAACUACUCCGAUGACCGACCUGGCCGAAGAGACGUCUGUCAAUAAAAGUGGCGCAAUUAAUAUUGACGAAGGGAAUCUCGGAGACGAAAUCAGGGCAGAAUUCUUAGUCCAACAGCCGCAGAACUCAUUGGAAAAGAAUGCGAUUGGCCUCGACUACAAACCCCGACGACCGAUUCUGGCAUGUUCAGGGGUCGUCAUAGGCGUGAGAUCUGGAUCUUCAGCCGUUUGGGUGCUCGUGGGCGUGGUGUACGGCGUGGCGGGAGUGGUCCAAGUCCUGGUGGGACUGUUCUCCAUCCUAAGUCAAGUUGUGAAGUCACCGGGAGGCAGAUACGCCCACGCGAUCUGGAUGGGAAAUGUACAGGUGGCAGUAGUGAUGUCGCAGGGAGUGACGCUGGUGCUCUUCCCCCUGGGUCUAGGGUCGCCCUUGGCUCGAGUCGAGUGCGGCGGCUCCUCGUCCGUCUACUGGUCCGGGGACUGCUCCUUCGGGUGGGGGUACAUGCUCGCCAUAGUAAGCACGACCCUGGCAGCCUACUGCCCCUGCCUAGCCAGGUUAACAGUCUACAAGAAAUAUGCCCUUCGGGAGUGGGAGAGCCUCAACUUCUUCUGAAGGAGGGAUGCCAUUUUGAAGUUUCUCCCUCUGAAGAAAUUCAGCGCACAAUGAAGUUAUUACCUGGUUUGAUUCUGAGGAACACUAUUAGUCUGUAUGGCACCAUGGGAUCGGAGAUGAGCCUAAAGUAGCUUCGUGACUAAUGGAUGACUUCAUAACCUAUGAGAUCAUGUAGCUGUAUAUGUAGACUGCACCAUUUACACGAAGUAUUAAAGAUUACUAGAUAAUUACAAGGGAUGAAUUAACCUUAUUAAGAGUUCAGAUACAUACAUACACACACACACAAAUACAUACGAAUGAAUAUAUAUUCAUGUGUAUAAAAGCUGAAAGUCUUGGUACCUCCUUUCAUUUUCACAUGAGGAUCUCGUAUAUAUAUUUUUAGG